CUCAUCGUCGUCAUUCACGUCAAGUUUUGCUUCUGACUUCUGAUAGCUUUUAGUUAUAUGAUUAGGUUUAAUAAUAAUAUACCUCAAUUGACAAUAAAUAAAAUAGAUCUCGAAACAUAUGAAGCUCACUAGUACCCGCCCGUCAAGACAUAUCGGAAUAUUAUAGAAAUAUUCUGUACACGAGCCUGUUCCUAAAUUAUUAAAUCAUGACGACAAUAGAGCCUUCUAGCACCGUAAGGUCGCGUGUUGAAGCAUGGGGAAAUUCCCCGCUCGCGCCCGUGGGUCUCGCAACUUUAAUAACAGCUCUACACGCUCGCCCUCUGCAAGUCCGACCUAUGCUUUUCGUACCUAUCCUGUUCUUCUCCAGCUACGCGAAUCUACAAGGCUUUAAAAUAGACAGCGCCGGUAUCACCGCCGCAGCCAGCGGCACCUAUGCCCUACUCGCCAUGAGAAGAAAGCCGGACGCCUUCAUGAAUCGCUUCUCUGUCAGAGGAUUCGUUAGAGGCUCAGCUGUCGCUAUAGGAAUUGCGAACGCUAUUGCCGCGGGUUGGGUAUAUGCUACAGGCAAUCGUGAAAAGGAGAAGGAGGAGAGAAGAGAUAACCCGCGAUGGGUCUAGUAGAGUUGAGAGAGGAUGCUCGCGGAAGAAAAGAAAAGCAUGACACUGUACGAUAUGAACGGAAUAGGAGACACAGAGGUGGCUUGUACAUAUACACAGAAAGGCCGGAUUGGGUAUAUUAGAGGACACAAAGUCGCACAUAUUAUCAGUUAAAAACUGUUGGAACAAUGGGACGAAGGAUGGUGUUCGGAUGCUAGUCCAAUUAAGCUUCUUGACAGUCCU